AUGCACCGCCAGGUGGACCAGAUCAAGAGCAUUCUACCAUUGAACUACUUCCCCCGAACGGCAAUUGGCUUUCUGGAAAUUUCUGAUAGUGACGCUUCCCGCGCUAGCGUCAACGCUCGACCCACUUUGACGCAAGACUUCAAACAGCAUCACCAUCAACAAAGUAUGAAUCUUACACUCCUCAAUUCUGCACGGGAAGCAGCAGCUGUGGAUAUGGAGUCGAGCACGAGUUCUGAUAGCGCAGUCAUGAUCCGAGACAUUCCACCAGAAAAGAAGAGCCACGACAUGUCAGCAAAAAUCACCUUCUUCGGCCUCACUCUCGCCAUCCGAAAGAAGAUAUACACCUUUGCCAACAUAGUCGAUACCACUCACCAGCUUCGCGUAUGCUAUGGCAAACACAAAGACCGUCUCCAAUGCUCCAUCCCAGCCACCUUCGCAACGCUCACAAAAGUCAACAAACAGAUCCGCGCCGAAGUUUCGAAGCUCUUCUUCAGAAAGAACGAAUUCUUCAUCUUCGACUGCAAACACGAGCUCAUCACCCGACCAGACUGCGUAUGUCCUAUAAUUUUGCCUCAAAUGCGUAGAUUCAGUCUGGAGGUUCACUACUACGUUCGCGCGAAGGUCUGGAAAGAACAUGGGGUCUGGAAGGCUAAGUUGGUGAUUCCAAGAAGCGUUAAGGAGGAGUGGCUUGUCAAUACUGGAAGAGAGUUUCGUCCGAAUCGGGAGCUGGAGAUGUAUACGUGUGAGGGCGAGAAGGCAUUGGAGAUGUUUAGGUAUCAGGUGGCGAGGGAGGAUGGAUGGACAGAACAUGCAUUGAUCGGUGGGUUGAUCAGGAGUGUUGGUAUCACAAUUGAUCCAGUGUCGGCACGAAGGACUGAAGUCGGCCGGCGAGCGGCAGAUAGCAUGAUUAUGCUUCAUAGGGAUGAGCGCAGAGACACGUGCGAUGUUCGUUCUGAGAGUCGAUCGAUGGGGAUUUUCAUUCCACACUCCGAUCACCUUGGACAAAUGAGAGACAGGUUCAUCACCGAACCUCACAACUCACAGCUCACACCGAAAACCUCUCUUCAAAGUCCAUUCCCAUCUCCCCGACCGGCUGAACAAAAGUAUAACUCCUCCCCUUCUCCCAAAACUCCUGCACACCAGUAA